GCAGUGGUAUUUGCGGGUGAUAUUUGCGGGGAGAAUGGGAAGACCCUUAAGUGCAGGGAGCUAAAACUCGGUGGUUCUUGUCCCGAAUCUAGAGCUUGGUGGAGACAAACACUACACCAUCGGAGAGUAAUGCUAUACAUAGGACAGAAAGAAAUUCAUAUGCACGAGCAAGGAUCAGGAGUAUACAUACACCAAGUGGAUAACACCACAAGGGCAACAAAGGGAAUGCAUCAGAGAACAUAA